GAGCAAGGGAGAAUUCGAGGCCUGCUGGAUUCCAAAAGAACGCAGAAACAAUGCAGGAGGACCAAUGCCAGUUCAUGUCCAACCAUUCGGCUUAGAACGUAGUGUAACCGUAGACCUCAGCCAGUAACCGAUAGGAGGCUAGAUGCACCGAAUUUCCGACGUGCGCGCGUGCAGCUCCAGUUCGUAGCUCCCAGGUAGUGCAGAAUCGCACGGGGAUGGCGCGGCCAGAGCAGCUGACUCGCGGUCGUCGCGUGCUGCUCGUCUCGACGUCCAUCGUCGCCGCCUUUCUCACUGCAGGCGUCACCUUCGGGUACUCGGGCAUCCUCCCCGCGCUCACGGGGCAAGUCGGCGCCUUCAGCGACGCGUGUCAGGCGGGCGAACCCGCGCCAUGCGCGCGACAGAUGAACCUGCUCAACGCGGCAUACACCCUCAGCAUGUUCACCAACAGCGCGAGCGCCAUCGUGGUGGGUCUCGUUCUCGACCGCACCGGGCCUCGCCGCACCUCGCUCCUCGGCACCGCCAUCUUUGCUGCCGGCCUCCUCGCCCUCGCCGGCGCUGCCGCCUUCGCGCCCGGGCCCCCCUAUACCGCCCCGCUGCCUAGUACUAACACCCCGCCGCCCAGUACAGACAGCGCCAAUGCCACAGCGGCUGCGCCAGCGGCGGCAGACGUGGCGAAGCUGAGUGUUGGCGCGGCAGGCACAGGUGCGCCUCCAAGAGGGUUGAUGCGGUCGGAAGCGGAGCGGAUCGGGAAAGCGCCCCUGGGCCCGUGGGCGCAGCUGACGGGAGGGAGAAAAACGCAUCUGGCGCGAGAAGUUGCGUGCAUGAUCAACUUCUGUGUGCUCGUGCCGCGCCUCUCCUCCGCCAUCAUCAGCGCGCAGGCGGGCGCCUUCGAGGCGUCCGCGCUCGUGCUCUUCCUGCUCGGCCUCGCCGUCGCGCGCCUCCGCCUCCCCCUCGCCGCGCUCUCCCUCGCCUACUGCCUCGUGCCCCUCGCCCUCGCCGCCCUUGCCGCGGCCACCUUCCCCAACCGGCCGUUCGGCGCCGCCAGGAUCAGUGCGGCGCAGCAUGGAAGCGAUGAGGGGGCGGACGGCGGAGGGGCGGCAGCAGCAACAACAGCAGGAGGAGCAGGAGAGGAAGGAGCUGCAGCAGGUAUUCCACCCCCGCCUGACAUCUUCAACUCCACGCUCAAGCUGCAGCUCAGGUCGGCCCUGUUCUGGGUGCACCUGGCGGUGUCGGCAUACCUCGUGCUGCGCUCCAACUUCUUCAUUGCCGCCGUUAACGCCCACAUCCAACACACCGUGCUCCUCCUCAUGGGCAUCCCUCCCGCAACCCCCGCCACCGAGCUUCCAUCCGACGCCACCGCGCAAAUCGCCCGCUACAUCGACAUAUUCAACAUCGUGCUCGCGGCGGGCGGCGUGCUGGCUGUGCCGCUGGCGGGGUGGAGCAUGGAGCGGCCGGGGCUGCCGUUCAGCUUCGGCGUGACCACGCUGCUGUGCGCACUCUGCUCCGCUGUUCAGAUGGCCGCAUCCGUGGUGCCGCUUCCCGUGCAGCUUGUGGCCUUCGUAGCCUUCGCCAUCGCCAGGGCCUUCAUCUACAGCACCAUGGCUGCAUAUGUGGGCUCUCUCUUUGGCUUCCGGAACUUUGGGCGGCUGUAUGGGAUCAACCGCCUAGGAGGAGCGUUUCUGACAGUGCUGCAAUAUCCUCUAAUGAGCGUGUGUGAAUCCUCCACAGGUGCACAGUUCGUUGUGGUGAACGGUAUCUUCCUCAUUAUAGAGCUCAUUCUAACAGCCACGUUUCCAUACUACCUCUCAGUAGCCAUGUAUGAAUAUUUUUGGAGACCACCACAAAGAUUAUAUGGUGGAAAGAAGUAGAGCAACGGGAGUUUGAGGCUGUUAUUUAGCAUGUACCAUUAUU